AAUUAAUAUGAUCGAAUACAUUAAUAAACAUAAAUAUUGCUAUAAAUAUAUAAAAACAUAGCAAUAUUUAUAAUGGAUAUAAGUAAAUGUGAGGGUACAGAGGGCUCUACGACAGAGUGUGGAAUUCUCUGGGCAUAUGCCCAGGAGAGGAAUGGGGGGGGUCAUGAGGUAGUUCUAGUUUUUUUUUUUUUGAGGAAUCUCCAGCUGAUUUGCACAAUGGCUAUAUUAAUUCGCAGUCCCACCAGCAGCGAAUAAGGGUUCCUUUCCCUCCAUGUCCCUCCAACAUCAUGGUCAGAUUUGUUGAUGACAGCCGUUCUGAGUGGGUCGAGGUGACAUUUUAGAAUAACAUUAAUUCGCAUUUGCCUGAUGGCUAGGGAAAUGGAAUACUUUUCAAUGGCCAUUGGCUAUUUAUGCUAAUUUUUGAAAAGUAUCUGUUCAGUUAAUUUGCCUACUUGCUGACUGGUGGUUUUAUUUCUUUGGUGUUUAAUUGCAAUUCUUUGUAAACUCUGGAUCUCAGCCCCUUGUGUCGGUAUAGCCGGUGAAGACUUUGCCCUUUCUGUGGGCCUUGUGCUCUAAGGGUCGUGUCUUUCACAGUGUUAUCGUAACAUAGCCUGCCUGUGGUAUGGGGUUAGUCCUGUGCCAUUAGUGUGCUGUUCAAAAAGUCCAUGCCCACCCCAGUGUCUUAAAGGGCAUCCCCGUGUUUCCCUUUAAAAGUUUCAGUGUCUCUGGUUUUAAAUUAAGACCCAUAAUUCAUUUCUGAGUUGAUUUUUUUUUCUUUUUUUCAGAGCUGGGGACCGAACCCAGGGCCUUGAGCUUGCUAGGCAAGCACUCCGCCACUGAGCUAAAUCCCCAAAACCCCUGAGCUGAUUUUUGUAUUAGGCGAAAGCUAUAAUCCAAUUUCAUCUUCUGCAGGUGGAAACCGGUUUUGCCAGCACAAUUUGCUCAACAGGCUAUCUCCACCCCCACCCCCCAAAGAAUGCUUUUACCUCCUAUGUCAAAAAUUAAGGGGUCAUAGCCGUGUCGUUUUAUAGCCAUGUCUUCUAUUCCAUUGGUAUACCUGUCUGCUACGCCAGUGCCAGGCUGUCUUCAUUACUACAGACUGAUGUAGGACUUCUUUUUGGAGAAAUCUGACUCAAGGGGUUAGGUAGCUCAGUGGUGGAGCAUUUUCUUAGCAUGCAUGAGCUCUGAGUUCAUUCCCCAGCACUGCUAAAAAUGGGUGGGGGGAAGGAAAUCUAUGAUGGCCAAGACCUGAGAGUACAGAUGCCAAACCUUUUUGCCCCACUGAAGGCCCGAUGAAGGGCCUUUGACCCUGGGAAAGUAACCUAGGCAACCGUUAUCAUAACCCACACAUCUGAGUGUUACCUACAGUGUGGCUGGCUAGUCAGAGACUAACAUUGUGCUAACCAGCGGACUGUCACACUCAGUCAACAGCCGGGGAGGAGAAAGAGCUUAGCUUCUCCACCUUCUAGCAGGAAGCAAGAGAAGGAGGAAGACUUGAGCUGCAUAAUCCAGGAUGGGUGAUUUCCCUUGAAUUCUCAGAGGUGGGUGGGUCUUUGCAUGCAUGUGGUUUGCAACACCCUGGGCAAAGAAGACCUGUCAGCCAGCUGUCAUUGAACCAAAGCAAAAAGUAGUAUAAAAAGAGGGGAACACGCAAAGGCAGUUUGCCCAACUAGCCAUGGAUGGACAAGUGUGCCCCAGGCAGGCUGGCUGUAGGGUGGGGGUGGGGGUUGGUGGACAUCUCAGUAUUAGUUACUUACUGAUUGUCUGGGAGGCCCUGAAAGUUAAGCCAUGAAGAAUUUAUGGACUUGCAACAGCUGAUUCUUCUCACAGUUCUUCACAUAGGUGGGUCCCCACCUCUUUCUCCUAUAGAAUCUCACAGAAACUUCUUCACAGGGUUGAUACUAUGGCAGUAAUCUAAGUCAAUCCUUGUGAACAUUAGAGCAGACAGUGUGGCUACAGCUCUCGAUCCACAAACUUGUUCCAGUGAGAUCCUGUGUAUGUGUGUGUGUGUGUUUACAUGUGUGUGUGCAUGUGUGUGUCUGUGUGUCCAUGUGUGUGUCUGUGUGUCCAUGUAUGUGUCUGUGUGUCUGUGUGUGUGCAUGUGUGUGUCUGUGUGUCUCUAUGUGUGUCCAUGUGUGUGUAUGUGUGUUUGUGUGUGUGCAUGUGUGUGUGUGUGUCUGUCUGUCUGUAUGUCUGCGUGUGUGUCUGUGUGUGCACGUGUGUGUGCAUGUGUAUAUAUAUGUAUGUGUGUUUGUGUGUAUCUGUGUGUAUAUGUGUGAAUGUAUGUCUGUGUGUAUGUGUGUAUGUGUGUGCAUGUGUGUGUGCAUGUGUGUGUCUGUCUGUCUGUAUGUCUGUGUGUGUGUGUCUGUGUGCAUCUGUAUGUAUGUCUGUGUGUGUAUAUGUGUGUGCAUGUGUGUGCAUAUGUGUAUAUGUGUGUGUAUAUAUUAUAUAUGUAUGUGUGUUUGUGUGUAUCUGUGUGUGGGUGUGUCUGUGUGUAUGUAUGUCUGUGUGUAUGUGUAUAUGUGUGUGUGCAUAUGUGUGGUAUAUACGUGUGUAUAUAUAUGUGUAUGUAUGUGUAUUGUGUGUGUCUGUGUGUCUGAGUCUGUGUCUGUGUGUGGGUGUCUCUGUGUGUGUAUGUGUGUGUGUGUUCAUGUGUGUGUGCAUAUGUGUGUCUCUGUGUGUCUAUGUGUAUGUAUGUUUGUGCAUUUGUAUGUUUGUAUGUGUCUGUGUGCAUGUGUGUUUGUAUGUGUGGGUAUGUGUGUCUGUGCAUGUGUGUGCAUGUGUGUCUGUGUGUCUGUGUGUAUGUAUGUCUGUGUGUUUAUAUGUGUGUUCGUGAGUGUGUGUGUGUGUGUGUGUGUGUACGGGUGCUAUCAGAGCAUGAGGAAAACACCGUGUGCAGGAGUAAGAUAGUUUAUCUUUGGAAAUCAUCACUACAAUAAAAGAACAAGAAACUGACUCCUAUAAAAAUAUAAAGAGACACACACCCAUAGGCAUCACAGGCAGUCCUAACCCCUUUGGUUCACCUCAUGUGUCAUAGGACACCUCAUUCUGUAUCUGGUGUCAGAUAAACUUCCUUCUACCCUUCCCACCUCUCCCACACCAUAGCCAGACCAAUCUCAUCUCUUUCAGGAGACAAACUGCUGUUAUCAGUGUAGCAGAAAUGUGUUUCAUGACCUCUAACUGUGUAAAUAUGCUACCACUCUUAUGAGGUGUAUACAUUUGCUUUAUUUUUGGCUUUUUGUUUUGUUUUGUUUUUGAGAUAGGGUCCUCUAUUAGCCCUGGCUGUCCUGGAGUUCACUCUGUAGAUCAGGCUGGCCUCAAAUUCACAGAGGUCCUCCCAUUUCUACCUUCCAGUGCUGGGAUUAAAAGCGAGAGCCGCUGUACCUGGCUAGGCAUAUGUUUUUAAUGCACCAAAGAUGUAGUGUUUCAGGGAUGAGAGUUAAGACAGGGUCUUGCUAGGUAGGACAGGUUGACCUCAAAUUCAAGACCCUCCCACUUCAGCUUCUCAAGUAUGGUAACCACACCUAGCCAUCAACAAGGUUUUUGAGUCUUGUUGUCCUAACUCCAUUUCCCCUCUAAGUUCCCAUUUUUCCCCAUGAUUUUGCACAGUAUCCUGAUUUAUGCGUAUGUAGUGUCACCACCGGGGCCACUGCAUGAUUUGCAGAGCCUCAUCAUAAACCUUCAGAUGUCAAGAUGUGACAGAGCACUGGACCAAGCGAGCACAGUGCCUUUGUGAGUGGGAACCGUCAGGAGACUAUAUAAGUAGCUUGGAUUCCUGAAGCCAGCUGUAGCUGCAGCACUGACAACUGCUGCACCUUCUCUACUAGUGCUCCUUUCAGUGUGUGUGUGUGUGUGUGUGUGUGUACAUGUCUGAGUGUAGUGUGUGCUCAUGUGUGCAUCUGAGUGUGUGUACCUACAUGUGUGCAUGUGUGUAUAUGUGUGUGCCUGAGUGCUCACAUGUGUGUGCAUAUCUGAGUGUAUGUGUGUGCUCAUGCUGAGUGUGUGUGCCCACAUAUGUGUAUAUGUGUAUGUGUGCAUAUCUGAGUGUGUGUGCUCAUGUGUGCAUCUGAGUGUGUGUGUAUGUGUGUGUAUGUGUGUGUGUAAGUGUAUGUGUCUGAGUGUGUGUACAUGUCUGAGUGUAUGUGUGUGUUCAUGUGUGCAUCUGAGUGUGUGUACUUACAUGUCUGCAUGUGUAUAUGCGUGUGUGUCUGAGUGUGUAUUAUGUGUGUGCAUUUGAAUGUGUGUGCCCACAUGUGUGCAUGUGUGUAUGUGUGUGUGCCUGAGUGCUCACAUGUGUGCAUAUCUGAGUGUAUGUGUGUGCUCAUGCUGAGUGUGUGUGCCCACAUGCGUGUAUAUGUACAUGUGUUUGUCUGAGUGUGUGUGUAUGUGUGCAUAUCUGAGUGUAUGUGCUCAUGUGUGCAUCUGAAUAUGUGUGUGUGUAUGUGUGUGUGUGUGAGUGUGUAUCAGAGGACAACUUGUGGGAGUCAGUUCUCCUCUACCACAUAUGUCCUGGGGAUGGAACUCAGCCCUCAAGUAUUAGUGUAAAUACAUCAACUACAUCAGCCCCGAAGACUUCUACAGCCCUUCCCAGCAGCACCAACCCAUCUCAAAUGACCUCACAGGUGUCCAACCCAACAGCCUCUCCAUAUAGAAUGACAAAAAACACAGGACAAGCAUCACCGAUGGUUACUUCAAGUUCCAUAACAACACUUCCUCAGAGCCAACACACUGGCAGCAUGAAGACCACCCGCAAUCCUCAAACCACCGGAACCACAGAGGUGACUACAACUCUUUCAGCCUCCUCAAGUGACCACGUUCAGGCAGAGACAAGUUCCCAGACAACACUAUCUCCUGAUCCAACAACGACCUCACAUGCUCCCAGAGAGAGCAGCUCACCUCCAAGUACAUCAGUUAUAUUAACCACCACGGCCUCCACAGAAGGCACCUCAGGAGACACAGGACACACAAUGGCAGUAACUACUCAAGGUUCCACACCUGCCACCACAGAGAUCUCAGUGACACCUUCAACCCAGAAAAUGUCACCUGUGUCAACAUUCAGCACUUCUACACAGGAAAUAACAACACUUUCCCAAAGUCAACACACUGGAGGCAUGAAGACCACCCGCAAUCCUCAAACCACCGGAACCACAGAGGUGACUACAACUCUUUCAGCCUCCUCAAGUGAACAAGUUCAGGCAGAGACAAGUUCCCAGACAACACUAUCUCCUGAUGCAACAACCACCUCACAUGCUCCCAGAGAGAGCAGCUCACCUCCAAGUACUUCAGACAUGUUAACCACCACGGCCUCCACAGAAGGCACCUCAGGAGACACAGGACACACAACGGCAGUAACUACUCAGGGUUCUAUACCUGCUACCACACAGUUAUCAGCAACAUUCGCAUCUCAAAAAAUGUCAACAGUGUCAACACCCACCAUCUCAAUUCAGGAAUUGUCAACACUUCCUCAGAGCCAACACACUGGCAGCAUGGAGAUCAGUAGCAGACCUCAAACCACCUCAGUCACAUCAACUCUUUCAUCCUCUCCAAGUGGCUCAACUCCUGUACAGACUCGGUCCCAAGUGACAUCAUCCUCAGAUGAAAGAACCAACCCAACUUCUUCUGGUGUCAGUAACACAUCCCCAGCUACAACAGAAGUGCUCACCCCAACAUCCUCUCCAGAGUCUGCUCCAGGAAACACAGCUCCGAGGACAACUGAGACCUCUACAACAACCACGACAAAAGUCUUAACGACAUCUUUACAACAGAAACUGCCAACAGGGUCAACACUCGGCACUUCUACACAGGAAUUAACAACACUUCCUCAGAGUCAACACACUGGAAUCAUGAAGACCACCAGCAGAACUCAAACUACCACACCCACAGAGGUGACUACAUCGACUCUUUCAGUCUCCUCAAGUGACCAACUUCAGACAGGCACAAGUUCCCAGAGAACGUCCUCUCCUGAUACGACAACCACCUCACAUGCUCCCAGUGUGAGCAGCUCAUCUCCAAGUCCACCCUCCACAGAAGGAACCUCAGUAGACACAGGACUCACAACGGCAGUGACUACUCAAGAUUCUACCCCUGCCACCACUCAGGGCUCACUGACAUCUUCCUCCCAGACACUGUCAACUGUGUCACCACUCAGCACUUCUACACAGGAAUUAACAUCUUCUCAGAGCCAACACACUGGUAGCAUGAAGACCACCCACAAUCCUCAAACCACCAGAAACACAGAGGUGACUACAACUCUUUCAGCCUCCUCAAGUGAACAAGUUCAGGUAGAGACAACUUCCCAGACAGCACUAUCUCCUGAUACAACAACCACCUCACAUGCUCCCAGAGAGAGCAGCUCACCUCCAAGUACAUCAGUUAUAUUAACCACCACGGCCUCCACAGAAGGCACCUCAGGAGACACAGGACACACAAUGGCAGUAACUACUCAGGGUUCUAAACCUGACACCACACAGGUCUCACCAACAGCCUCAUCCCAGAGACUGUCAACAGUGUCACCACUCAGCACUUCUACACAGGAAAUAACAACUCUUUCUCAAAGUCAACACACUGGAGGCAUGAAGACCACCCGCAAUCCUCAAAGAACCACACCCACAGAGGUGACUACAUCGACUCUUUCAGCCUCCUCGAGUGACCAACUUCAGACAGGAACAGGUUCCCAGAGAACAUCCUCUCCUGAUUCAACAACCACCUCACAUGCUCCCAGUGUGAGAAGCUCACCUCCAAGUACACCCUCCACAGAAGUCACCUCAGUAGACACAGGACUCAAAACAGCAAUAUCUACCCAGGGUUCUACCCCUGCCACCACUCAGGGCUCACUGACAUCUUCCUCCCAGACACUGUCAACUGUGUCACCACUCAGCACUUCUACACAGGAAUUAACAACACUUCCUCAGAGCCAACACACUGGAGGCAUGAAGACCACCCGCAAUCCUCAAACCACCAGAAACACAGAGGUGACUACCGCUCUUUCAGCCUCCUCAAGUGACCAAGUUCAGGUAGAGACAACUUCCCAGACAACACUAUCUCCUGAUGCAACAACGACCUCACAUGCUCCCAGAGAGAGCAGCUCACCUCCAAGUACAUCAGAUAUUUUAACCACCAUGGCCUCCACAGAAGGCACCUCAGGAGACACAGGACACACAAUGGCAGUAACUACUCAAGGUUCCACACCUGCCACCACAGAGAUCUCAGUGACACCUUCAACCCAGAAAAUGUCACCUGUGUCAACAUUCAGCACUUCUACACAGGAAAUAACAACACUUUCCCAAAGUCAACACACUGGAGGCAUGAAGACCACCCGCAAUCCUCAAACCACCGGAACCACAGAGGUGACUACAACUCUUUCAGCCUCCUCAAGUGACCAAGUUCAGACAAAGACAAGUUCCCAGACAACACUAUCUCCUGAUACAACAACCACCUCACAUGCUCCCAGAGAGAGCAGCUCACCUCCAAGUACUUCAGACAUGUUAACCACCACGGCCUCCACAGAAGGCACCUCAGGAGACACAGGACACACAACGGCAGUAACUACUCAGGGUUCUAUACCUGCUACCACACAGUUAUCAGCAACAUUCGCAUCUCAAAAAAUGUCAACAGUGUCAACACCCACCACCUCAAUUCAGGAAUUGUCAACACUUCCUCAGAGCCAACACACUGGCAGCAUGGAGAUCAGUAGCAGACCUCAAACCACCUCAGUCACAUCAACUCUUUCAUCCUCUCCAAGUGGCUCAACUCCUGUACAGACUCGGUCCCAAGUGACAUCAUCCUCAGAUGAAAGAACCAACCCAACUUCUUCUGGUGUCAGUAACACAUCCCCAGCUACAACAGAAGUGCUCACCCCAACAUCCUCUCCAGAGUCUGCUCCAGGAAACACAGCUCCGAGGACAACUGAGACCUCUACAACAACCACGACAAAAGUCUUAACGACAUCUUUACAACAGAAACUGCCAACAGGGUCAACACUCGGCACUUCUACACAGGAAUUAACAACACUUCCUCAGAGUCAACACACUGGAAUCAUGAAGACCACCAGCAGAACUCAAACUACCACACCCACAGAGGUGACUACAUCGACUCUUUCAGUCUCCUCAAGUGACCAACUUCAGACAGGCACAAGUUCCCAGAGAACGUCCUCUCCUGAUACGACAACCACCUCACAUGCUCCCAGUGUGAGCAGCUCAUCUCCAAGUCCACCCUCCACAGAAGGAACCUCAGUAGACACAGGACUCACAACGGCAGUGACUACUCAAGAUUCUACCCCUGCCACCACUCAGGGCUCACUGACAUCUUCCUCCCAGACACUGUCAACUGUGUCACCACUCAGCACUUCUACACAGGAAUUAACAUCUUCUCAGAGCCAACACACUGGUAGCAUGAAGACCACCCGCAAUCCUCAAACCACCAGAAACACAGAGGUGACUACAACUCUUUCAGCCUCCUCAAGUGAACAAGUUCAGGUAGAGACAACUUCCCAGACAGCACUAUCUCCUGAUACAACAACCACCUCACAUGCUCCCAGAGAGAGCAGCUCACCUCCAAGUACAUCAGUUAUAUUAACCACCACGGCCUCCACAGAAGGCACCUCAGGAGACACGGGACACACAAUGGCAGUAACUACUCAGGGUUCUAAACCUGACACCACACAGGUCUCACCAACAGCCUCAUCCCAGAGACUGUCAACAGUGUCACCACUCAGCACUUCUACACAGGAAAUAACAACUCUUUCUCAAAGUCAACACACUGGAGGCAUGAAGACCACCCGCAAUCCUCAAAGAACCACACCCACAGAGGUGACUACAUCGACUCUUUCAGCCUCCUCGAGUGACCAACUUCAGACAGGAACAGGUUCCCAGAGAACAUCCUCUCCUGAUUCAACAACCACCUCACAUGCUCCCAGUGUGAGAAGCUCACCUCCAAGUACACCCUCCACAGAAGUCACCUCAGUAGACACAGGACUCAAAACAGCAAUAUCUACCCAGGGUUCUACCCCUGCCACCACUCAGGGCUCACUGACAUCUUCCUCCCAGACACUGUCAACUGUGUCACCACUCAGCACUUCUACACAGGAAUUAACAACACUUCCUCAGAGCCAACACACUGGAGGCAUGAAGACCACCCGCAAUCCUCAAACCACCAGAAACACAGAGGUGACUACAACUCUUUCAGCCUCCUCAAGUGACCAAGUUCAGGUAGAGACAACUUCCCAGACAACACUAUCUCCUGAUGCAACAACGACCUCACAUGCUCCCAGAGAGAGCAGCUCACCUCCAAGUACUUCAGACAUGUUAACCACCACGGCCUCCACAGGAAGCACCUUAGGAGACACAGGACACACAACGGCAGUAACUACUCAGGGUUCUAUACCUGCUACCACACUGUUCUCACCAACACUCUCAUCUCAGAAAAUGUCAACAGUGUCAACACCCACCACCUCAAUUCAGGAAUUGUCAACACUUCCUCAGAGCCAACACACUGGCAGCAUGGAGAUCAGUAGCAGACCUCAAACCACCUCAGUCACAUCAACUCUUUCAUCCUCUCCAAGUGGCUCAACUCCUGUACAGACUCGGUCCCAAGUGACAUCAUCCUCAGAUGAAAGAACCAACCCAACUUCUUCUGGUGUCAGUAACACAUCCCCAGCUACAACAGAAGUGCUCACCCCAACAUCCUCUCCAGAGUCUACUCCAGGAAACACAGCUCCGAGGACAACUGAGACCUCUACAACAACCACGACAAAGGUCUUAAUGACAUCUUUACAACAGAAACUGCCAACAGGGUCAACACUCGGCACUUCUACACAGGAAUUAACAACACUUCCUCAGAGUCAACACACUGGAAUCAUGAAGACCACCAGCAGAACUCAAACUACCACACCCACAGAGGUGACUACAACUCUUUCAGCCUCCUCAAGUGACCAAGUUCAGGUAGAGACAACUUCCCAGACAACACUAUCUCCUGAUGCAACAACCACCUCACAUGCUCCCAGAGAGAGCAGCUCACCUCCAAGUACAUCAGUUAUAUUAACCACCAUGGCCUCCACAGAAGGCACCUCAGGAGACACAGGACACACAACAGCAGUAACUGUCCAAGGUUCCACACCUGCCACCACAGAGAUCUCAGUGACACCUUCAACCCAGAAAAUGUCACCUGUGUCAACAUUCAGCACUUCUACACAGGAAAUAACAUCUUCUCAGAGCCAACGCACUGGUAGCAUGAAGACCACCCACAAUCCUCAAACCACCAGAAACACAGAGGUGACUACAACUCUUUCAGCCUCCUCAAGUGAACAAGUUCAGGCAGAGACAACUUCCCAGACAACACUAUCUCCUGAUGCAACAACCACCUCACAUGCUCCCAGAGAGAGCAGCUCACCUCCAAGUACUUCAGACAUGUUAACCACCACGGCCUCCACAGAAGGCACCUCAGGAGACACAGGACACACAAUGGCAGUAACUACUCAAGGUUCCACACCUGCCACCACAGAGAUCUCAGUGACACCUUCAACCCAGACACUGUCAACUGUGUCAACACUUAGCACUUCUACUCAAGAAUUAACUUCUUCUCAGAGCCAACGCACUGGAAGCAUGGGGACCAGCAGCAAACCUCAAGCCACCACACCGACAGAGGUGACCACAUCCACUCUUUCAUCAUUUUCAAGGGGAUCCACUCAAACCCAGACAGUUUCUUGGGAAACAUCCUCCUCAGGAAAAAUAACUGCCCCAUCUACUUCCAGUAGGAGGACCCCAUCCGUAGCCACAUCAGACAUAUUCACCACCACAGACUCCACCUCAGGAAACGCGGGGCACACACUUUUAACGGGAAGCCACAGUGUGAUCACAUCAAGAGUCGCAAGCACAACUCUAGGCCGAUUGUCAACAGUAGCGCACAGCAAGUCUACUCAGCGAUCAUCUACACAUUCUCAGAGUUACUUGACUGAAAGCAUGGGGGCAUCCAGCACGUCUGAAACCAGCCUCCUCACAGAGGCUACCACAGAGAAGCAGUUUGCCUCUUCACCUGGACCCACUGUGACAGAGACCUUCUCUCGUGGGACGUCCUCUUCAGGAUUGACCACGAAAACAGACAAUGACAGAAGUACAGCACUCUCAGCCACCUCCUUGACCCUUCCGGCUCCCAGCACGUCCACAGCCUCCAGGUCCACAGUGCCUCCAGCCCCUCUUCCACCAGAUCAGGGUAUUUCCCUCUUCCCCUACGGGUCAAGCUCUGAAGUUAGAGACAAGCAAUUGUUUGCCAGGACUGUGGAUUUUACCUCACCAAUCUUCAAGAUCCAGAUUGGCUUUCCCCUCGGCUCCUCCCUGCGGGAUUCCUUCUAUUUUACAGAUAACGGUCAGAUCAUUUUCCCCGAGUCAGACUACGAUGUCUUCUCCUACCCCAACCCACCUCAAAGAGGCUUCACAGGAAGGGAGCGUGUGGCCAUAGUGGCCCCAUUCUGGGGUGAUGCUGAUUUCUCUAGCUCCAGGGGAACCAUAUUUUACCAGGACUACAUCACAUUUUACGAUGAGCAGCACCAGCUAAUUCGGAAGGUGGAGUCUCUGAUUAAUGAGUUUACAAGUGACUGGAGCUUCAAAGCCAAGUGGACACUGAAGGUCACCUGGGUCAAUGUUCCUGCCUAUCCAGCCCAGGGGAGCUUUGGGACCAAUACCUACCAAGCCAUCCUCUCCACAGAUGGGAGCAGGUCCUACGCCCUGUUUCUCUACCAGAGCGGUGGCAUGAGGUGGGAUGUGACCCAGGGACUGUACAACCGAGUGCUCAUGGGCUUCUCCAGUGGAGAUGGGUAUUUUGAAAACAGCCCGCUGAUAUUCCGGCCAGCAGUGGAGAAGUACCGUCCAGAUCGAUUCCUGAACUCCAAAUUAGGCAUCCGGGGACUGCAGGUCUACAGGCUACACAGGGAGGUGUGGCCCAACUACAGGCUCAAGUGUCUGCAGUGGUUGGAAAGUCAGCCUCAGCAGCCCAGCUGGGGCUGGAACAAGAUUUCCUGCCCUUGCUCCUGGCAGCAGGGACGAUGGGACUUUCGGUUCUGGCUCAUCAACACAGGUCUGUGGGGCAGGCAGCUAUGCAGCUUCUCCUCCGGGCGAGGGGGCGUGUGCUGUAGCUAUGGCACCUGGGGUGAGUUUCGAGAAGGCUGGAGAAUGCACAGUCCUUGGCAGUUUGAUGAGGAGCAGGAGGCACAGAACUGGUGCUGCCGCUGGAACGACAAGCCCUCUUUCUGCGUCCAGUACCAGCUCAGGCGGCCCCGAGUUAGUUGUGCUGGGUACAGGCCCCCCCGGCCCGCUUGGACAUUUGGUGAUCCCCACAUCACCACUUUGGAUAACGCCAAAUACACCUUCAACGGGCUAGGGGACUUCCUGCUGGUUCAGGCCCAGGACAGAAAUUCUUCCUUCCUGCUGGAGGGCCGCACUGCCCAGACUGAUUCUGCCAAUGCCACGAACUUCAUUGCCUUUGCGGCCCAAUACAACACCAGCAGCCUGAAGUCUCCCAUCACAGUUCAGUGGUUUCUUGAGCCCAAUGACACAAUCCGAGUUGUACACAAUAACCAAACGGUGGCCUUUAACACCAGCGACACUGAAGACUUGCCCGUAUUCAAUGCCACUGGUGUCCUACUGAUCCAAAAUGGCUCCCAAGUCUCAGCCAACUUUGAUGGGACAGUGACCAUCUCUGUGAUUGCUCUCUCCAACAUCCUUCACGCCUCCUCCAGCCUGUCAGAGGAGUACCGCAACCACACAAAGGGCCUUCUGGGAGUCUGGAAUGACAAUCCAGAAGAUGACUUCAGAAUGCCCAAUGGCUCCACCAUCCCCUCCAACAGCUCCGAGGAGACUCUUUUCCACUAUGGAAUGACAUGGCAAAUCAACGGGACAGGCCUCCUUGGGGUGAGGACAGACCCUCUGCCUUCUGAGUUUACUCCCAUCUUCUUGUCCCAACUGUGGAACAAGAGCGGCGCCGGUGAAGACUUGAUCUCUGGGUGCAACGAGGACGCACAGUGCAAGUUUGACAUCCUGGCCACAGGAAACAGAGACAUCGGACAAAGCACCAACUCAAUCCUUAGAACAUUCCGGCACGUGAAUGGCACGCUCAACCAGUACCCACCCCCUAUCCACUACAGCAGCAAGAUUCAAGCCUACAAGGGGCGAACAGUGGCCAUUGAGAUCACCAGCAACUCUAAGGAUGUCGUAUUCAGCCUCUCCAACAAGUGCAGUGGCUUUGAGCUCUUUGAAAACGGGAGUUUGCAGUGGACACCAACAUCCCCAGAAGCAUGUACCCUGGAGAUUCUAGCAAGGGAUGUCAAGACUAACUUGUCAUCGGUACUCCAGCCUGAGACGGUGGCUUGCUUCUGUAGUAAGGAGGAACAGUGUUUGUACAACGAGACCAGCAAAGAGGGCAACUCUUCCACUGAGGUGACCAGCUGCAAGUGCGAUGGGAACUCCUUCGGCCGCUUGUGUGAACACUCUAAGGACCUCUGCACUGAGCCAUGCUUCCCUAAUGUGGACUGCAUUCCUGGGAAGGGCUGUCAGGCCUGCCCUCCAAACAUGACUGGAGAUGGGCGUCAUUGUGUAGCUGUGGAGAUCUCUGAAUUCUGCCAGAACCAUUCCUGUCCUGUGAAUUACUGCUAUAACCAUGGCCAUUGCGACAUCUCUGGGCCUCCAGACUGCCAGCCCACUUGCACCUGCGCCCCUGCCUUCACUGGUAACCGCUGCUUCCUGGCCGGGAACAAUUUCACUCCCAUCAUCUAUAAAGAGCUUCCCUUGAGGACCAUCACGCUCUCUCUCAGGGAGGACGAAAACGCCUCUAACGCUGACGUCAAUGCCUCGGUGGCAAACGUACUAGAGAACUUGGACAUGCGGGCUUUUCUCUCCAACAGCUUAGUGGAGCUGAUACGAACCUCUCCCGGAGCACAGUCCUUGGGCAAGCCCAUUCAUCACUGGAAGGUCGUCUCCCACUUCAAGUACCGUCCCAGGGGACCCCUCAUCCACUAUCUGAACAACCAACUGAUAAGCGCCGUGAUGGAGGCCUUCCUCCUCCAGGCUCGGCAGGAGAGGCGGAAGAGGAGUGGAGAAGCCAGGAAGAACGUCCGCUUCUUCCCCAUCUCGAGGGCAGACGUCCAGGACGGGAUGGCCCUGAACCUAAGUAUGCUGGACGAGUACUUCACGUGCGAUGGCUACAAAGGCUACCACUUGGUCUACAGCCCCCAGGAUGGCGUCACCUGUGUGUCCCCAUGUAGUGAGGGCUACUGUCACAAUGGAGGCCAAUGCAAGCACCUGCCAGAUGGGCCCCAGUGCAGCUGCGCAACCUUCAGCAUCUACACAUCCUGGGGCGAACGCUGUGAGCAUCUAAGCGUGAAACUUGGGGCAUUCUUCGGGAUCCUCUUUGGAGCCCUGGGUGCCCUCUUGCUACUGGCCAUCUUAGCAUGUGUGGUCUUUCACUUCUGCGGCUGCUCCAUGAACAAGUUCUCCUACCCUCUGGACUCAGAACUGUGAGGCCUCGUCCCAGAUGGGCAGCUGCACCUAGAAUACCUCAGGACCCGCCCACCGGUCUGCCCCUGCUCUAGGGAGACUGGAAAGGGCCGACUGCAUGAAGAUGAUUUGAGAUUCUUCAAGCAUGAAUAAAGGGAGUGAAACCAGACUCUACCAUUUUAGUAGGCCAUGGGUAUAGGAAAAGGCCAGAUGACCAAAUGUAGAGAUGGAUGGAUUCCUAUACAGCACAUGGGAAAGGAUAUUGCCUAUGUACACACACACACACACACACACCAGAGUUAAUGGAUGACUGGCUUUAUAUUCACCAAAAUGUUUUUACUUAUAAAACCAGCAUACUUCUCAUUAAAAUCUAUUUAAAUAUAAA